AUGAGAUCUUAAGAGCUUAAUGAUAUAAACAACAAUGCUAAUCAAUUCAUGCCAGAUCCACUAAUGAGCUCUAUCAAAUCUUAGGAUAGUAACCAUUUGCUCUAUAGUAUGAUCAAUGACUUGAAGUCUUAAUUCUAGGAGUUAAGGACUAGCAUGAGCUUUGAAGUUGAUGUACUUAGGUAGAAAAUAACAAUAUUGGAGUAAAGUAACAAAUAUUUGAGGGACAUUUAGGAGUAGAUUAUUGAUAAUUAGAGGAAUUUUUUAGAUGCACCUAAUCAUAGAUUCUCAAUGGAAAAUAUAGAUGACGAAUAUAAAUCGAAGAAAAGACAAAUUAAUGAGUUGAGCAUUAAUCUAGAUGUGCCUCCAACGCUUCAUUUAAAUCUUAAAUAAUUAAGUUCUCAAAACUAAACUUAGCUGUAGCUUUUGAAAGAUCUUAAGAAGGAAAUGAAUGAUCAGUACUUAAACAAAUCUCAUACCAUAUAAAAAGUUAAUGACAAAAUGCAAGAAUAAAAGCAGCAUUAAUAGUAGUAAUAGCAGCACACACUUCACAAUUAAAAACAUCAUAUUCCAGCAAAGAAUAAAAGCAGAGAACAUACAGCUAAUAUCAAGAGACCUAUUACAUCCUUAAGAGACCCUAAACAAUAAAAAGCAUAUUAAAACAUUAUAUCACCUCAUAGCAAGUAUGAAGAUACAGAUCUAGAAAGCACACUCUAAGUUGGUCUGCUAAAUAACAAAGCCAACACCCCAAUAGAAUCUCCAAAUAGAAGUAGAAAAGGAGGGUUUUUAAAUUAAUAAGACAAGGCUUCUAUCACUUCCAGUUCUAAGUACUCAAUCGUAGUAGGCAUGACUCUGUCAGAUAAACUUUAGGGAAACAACAUUCUUAGUCAUCUUUAGAAAUAAACUUUGGCCAAUUAUAAGAAUAAGGGGAUAAUAAGUCAAGUUAAGGAAAAUAAAAGCCAUAAUUAAAGCUAAAAUCAAAGCACUAUUGGCUUGAAUAAAUCAUCAGUAAAGAAACCAGAUUAAGAUGAUUAAUCUUAGAAUAGAGGACUAGAUUAGUCUUCAAUUAUAGACAGUCCUAAAUUCCUCAAUUUUAUAAAUAGCAAUACUACAAGGAAGUAAGAAGAUUAAUAAUCUAACAAUCUUGCCUAAUUUUAUUAACCAAAAGUCUAAUCAACAACUAACUAGAAUUCAUCCUUGCACCAUUCGAGUGUGAAGUUUCAACCAUCUCAACCCUCAGAUGUAAUGGACAAUUACUAAGAUGAAGAUCAUGAGAUUAUUACUGAGAGAGCCAUCAAAAUAAACAUGAAUGACCCUCAAUAAAUUUUGCUAUAAUCUUCCGGCAGAUUGUCCUCUGCUUAGAAUAUAAUCAAGGUUAUUGGGAAAGAGAAUCACAAUCAGAAAUAAACAAAGAACCCACUUCUCAAAAACUAUAUGAACAGUAAACCCUAAAAUCUAAAGUAGAGUAUAAAUAAUGAUAUUGAUGAUGAAGAAUCCAUCGCAAGUGAUGAAUGUGAUGAAAAGAGAUCUUACACUCCUGAACCAAGACAUCUUGAAAAAUUAGCAAACAAAAGUUAAAAUAAUCUUAAUCACAGUAUGAUAGGCAUAAAGGGCAGCUUAAAUACAUCUAUGAGUGGCAUGAUUCCAACUGGAGGAGUAAACUCAGUCUAUAAAUCUUCAAAGAUGGAAUUAAGUCGUUACAUUAGUAAGCAUAAGAGUAAUGUUGACUACUAAAAUAAGUAUAAUGUUAUGGAAUUCGGAGGCUAUAAGGCUUUAAUUGAGCAAAAGGGCAGCAAAUGCUAAUGCAAAAUAAAUGGCUACUCAGAUGAAAAAACUGAACUCUAGGAUAUCCCAAAAAAUGCUUGUGGAAACUAUUGUAAGUUGCUAGGUGCAAGAGAGUAAAGACACAUCCUUUUGGAAUGCUAUCAGAAAGAGCUAGAAAAACCACCAACAGAAAAGAAGCUCAAAAGAUACCUCAUCGAUGCCAGAUGGAUUCGUAAAUGGUGUGAUUUCACUAAUUUUGAUACAAGUAUCAUGAGUAAUUGCUUCUCAGUUUCUACAAAAACUCUUAUAUAAGAUAUGCUUGAAGAUCUUCAAUAACAAUAGUCUGAAAGAACAAUCAGAUUCGAUAGCUCUACUCUUUAUCAAAAGCCAUAAAAGAUAGAUAAUAAUGAACUCUUAGAUCACCAAUACAAGGGCAAUAUCAAGAGACUUAGAGAAAAUUUGGUUGAAAACUAUGAUUUCUUAUCUGUAUCUCCAUUAAUAUGGAUGCAUUUAUACUCUUGGUAUUCAGCUGAUUUCUAGAUUGCAAGGUAUAUGAAGAGAGACAAGUUCAACACAAACUAGUAUACUUUGGAAUUAUACCCCCAUUAAAAACAAGAAAAGCUGAAUUUAUCCUAUAUGGGGCCACAACAAGAUUCAAGUGAGUCAGAGAGUGAAAUCGAUUAGACUAAUAAUAACCGAUAAUUUGACUCUCCUACUCUUGAAUUAAGACAAAGAAAUGUGACUCAAACCAUCCUUCAAAGUAAGGAUCAAAUAAGUAUCUCAAAUCGUAUGUUCCAGCAUAAUAUAGGCAAGAAAAUGAACAAGUUAUCCAAUAAGAGUUAAGAAUUCAUAAGCUUAAAUGACAGUCACAGACAGUAAUGA